GCCGGCUAAUGGACCCGUCGCGCCUACCUCCAGCUUGACCCUGGUACAUCAUGUCGACGACGGCUGCACCGGUCGGAAAGCCCAUAAACCCGCUGCUGGCGCGGUACUUGACGGCGCUGACGAAGAACCCGUUGCGCACGAAGGCGCUCACGACCGCCACCCUUUGCUUCCUCCAGGAAGUUCUCGGCAGCGUACUCGCUGGUGUCCCACCCAAGAAGCAGUCCCCAGAUACAUCCCCCCUCGUGAAGACGCUUGCGCAGGCACAUGUUGACGCCAAGGCGGUCAAGAUGGCGCUCUACGGCUUCCUAGUGUCUGCCCCCCUCGGUCACUUCCUUGUCGGGCUCCUGCAGCGAGCUUUCCGAGGACGUACAGGGCUGGGCGCACGGGUUGGACAGAUCCUAGCGAGCAACUUGCUAGUCGCGCCAAUCCAGACGGCUGCCUUCCUCGCCAGCAUGGCUGUGAUCAACGGCGCGAAGACGGUCGAUGAUGUCUUGAAGACGGUGAAGACGGGCUUCUUCUCAGUCAUUCGGAUUACUUGGGUAGUCUCCCCCCUCAGCCUCUCCAUCGCCCAGGGAUUCAUUCCCGUCGAGCUUUGGGUUCUCUUCUUCAAUGCCGUCCAGUUCGUGCUAGGAACCUUCUUCAACAUGCACAUGAAGAAGCUUCGCGCCGCCGCCAUCGCGAAGGAGAAGGAGCGCAUCAAGCGCGAAAUUGAAGAGGCCGAAGCGCGCAACCGCCGUCCGUCUUCCCCACCGAGUCCUCUCUCAUGA